CCCAGCAGGCAAGAUCCCUACCUACCACGAGAGACGAGGCUCGUCUCAUUGCAGACCAAAAAUGGGUUUAACCUCCGCAAUCAUCAUCUUCUCACUCUCGCUCAACCUCUUCAUCACUUCACUCGCUGAACCCGUUAACCCGCAUCCGCAAGAGUUCCCAUCCUUCAAGAUCCAAAAACCACAGGAUUUGAAGCAGGCAUUUGCGAGAGCAUGCUCUUACAUGGUGAGGAUAACAACAAGCUGCUCAUCUCCUCGGUACACCAGAGAUUACGUCAGCAUCUCUUUUGGAGAUGCUUACGGCAAUCAGGUGUACGUGCCGAGGCUGGAUGACCCGUCGAGUGGCACAUUCGAGCGGUGCUCAACAGACACGUUCAAGGUGCAGGGGCCGUGUGGGUAUGGUGUCUGCUAUGUUUACCUGUAUCGGUCAGGGUACGACGGAUGGAUCCCUGACUCUGUGACUAUCAGCGACCUCAAUUACCGCAAGACCAUCACCUUCUACUAUCGCGUGCCUAUUCCCGCUGGAGUCUGGUAUGGAUUCAAUCACUGCGGUGGAUAUGUUACCGCCGCCGCCAAUGCGACUGAAGUUAUUUAGAUGUUGAGUGUUGUUGUAGUUUAAUCGAGAUGAGAUGGUACCCCGGUUUAUAUUGUGACUCUUUGCUUGGAGUGCUAUGAUAUAUAGUAUGUUCUAUAGAGACUUGUUACGGCGAUGAAAUAAGCAAUGAUCAAUGAUAUUUAAAAUA